GACAACCAAAACGGAGAGAUAGAGGUGUGGAUAGACAGAGCAAAGAGAAAGAGAGAGCGAGAACGUGGUCUGAACUACUGCUUUGCUAUCUAGCUACGCUACAGGGACACUUACCACAACAUGUCUCAGAGGAAAAGGAGUUUCACCUUCGGAGCAUACGGAGGUGUGGACAAGAGCUUCUCCAGGACCAAAGUUUUAUGGAAACAAGAUGGACGUAUUCGUCGGAUCUCUGAUGAAGUAGAGCCCUCACUGGACCAAUCUCGCCCUCCAUUUCCUCCUCCCUCACUUUUAAGGAGCUCGGACCUGUUUGCCAUGAUCGAGAGGAUGCAGGGUUUCAGGAUGGAUGAGCAAAGGUGUCCACUGCCUCCUCCUCUUAAAACAGAAGAGGACUACAUCCCCUAUCCCAGUGUUCACGAGGUUCUGGGCCGCUGCAGUCCCUUCCCGCUCAUCCUGCUGCCCCAGUUUGGAGGCUAUUGGAUCGAGGGCACAAAUCAUGAGCCCAAAGACCCCCCUGAGACAGAGCAGCCCCCCUGUUCCACCUCACACGUCAAACUGGAGACCAACAGCCUCGCCAAAAUCUACAGGAAGCAGUUUAUGGGAAAGGAGCACUUUAAUUACUACACCAUGGACGCCGCUCUGGGACACUUGGUCUUUUCCAUGAAGUAUGACGUCAUCGGGGAUCAGGAACAUCUGCGGCUUAUGCUCCGCACAAGGCAAAAAACCUACCAUGAUGUGAUCCCUAUAUCUUGCCUUACUGAGUUCCCCAAUGUGGUUCAGAUGGCCAAGCUUGUUUGUGAAGAGGUUAAUGUGGACCGAUUUUACCCUGUCCUCUAUCCAAAGGCUUCCAGGCUUAUUGUUACGUUUGAUGAGCAUGUGAUCAGCAACAACUUCAAGUUUGGGGUGAUUUAUCAAAAGUUUGGACAGACAACAGAGGAAGAGCUGUUUGGAAACAUGGAUGAGAGCCCUGCCUUUGUAGAAUUCCUGGAGUUUCUGGGACACAAGAUAGAGCUGCAUGACUUUAAAGGGUUUCGCGGUGGGCUGGAUGUCACGCACGGGCAGACAGGGACAGAGUCAGUCUACACAAAUUUCCACAAUAAAGAGAUUAUGUUCCAUGUGUCCACCAAGCUGCCUUACACAGAAGGAGAUUCACAGCAGCUGCAGAGGAAGAGACACAUAGGCAACGACAUAGUGGCCAUCGUGUUCCAGGAAGAAAACACACCAUUUGUACCAGAUAUGAUACAGUCCAACUUCCUCCACGCCUAUGUGGUGGUGCAGGUGGAGAACGCAUGCACCAGUAAUGUCAUUUACAAGGUGUCUGUAACAGCAAGAGAUGACGUACCUUUCUUUGGCCCUGCUCUGCCUGACCCUGCCAUCUUUAAAAAGGGCCCAGAAUUUCAUGAAUUUCUUUUCACUAAGCUCAUUAAUGCAGAGUAUGCCUGCUACAAGGCUGAGAAGUUCGCCAAGCUGGAGGAGCGCACACGGUCCGCCCUCCUGGAGACCCUUUAUGAGGAGUUACACAUAAACAGUCAGUCCAUGAUGGGACUGGGAGGAGACGAGGACAAGCUGGAGAACGGGGGUGGAGGAGGAGGGGGAGGCUUCUUUGAAUCCUUUAAGCGGGUCAUCCGCAGCAGAAGCCAGUCUAUGGAUGCCAUGGGCCUCAGUAACAAGAAGUCCCACACAGUCUCCACUAGUCACAGUGGCAGCUUUACUCAUAAUGCCGCAGAGAGCCCCAAAACCCCAGGCAUUUCAUUGAUCAUUCCUGGAAAGAGCCCAACCAGAAAGAAGUCGGGUCCUUUCAGCUCGCGCCGCAGCAGUGCCAUUGGCAUUGAAAACAUCCAGGAAGUCCAGGAGAGAAGCCGUGAGGUGUCACCCAGCACCCAAAGGACACCAGACAACAGCCAUUUGUCACAGGAAAACAGAUCGGACAACUCAUCCAAUCACAGCUCCCCAGAGUUUCCUGCCACCAAGAACAGUCUGAACAUGUGUUGCAGAGCUCCAUCUAUCCCAGAGCACCAGGACCUGUCCCGCUCAUCCUCUAAUGCCAGUAGCUUCGCCAGUGUGGUGGAGGAGAACGAGGGGGAGGAGGAGUACGACACAGGCAUGGAAAGUGUAUCUUGUGUAACGCCACUCAAGAGGGACUCUCUGGGCUCCGGGUUUGACGACAGCCUGUCCAGUAUCAACCAGGGGAAUUUUUCAGCAGCCGCUCGUCUUCAGCAGCACCAGGAUGCGCUCAAAGGGUCAGAGCCUAAAGGGACAGACGGCUGGGCUAAGACAGAACGACCCUUACUGCAGCACAGGUCCUCCUCGCAUUCCUGACAAGGAACUACAAGCCUAGGGCAAACGUUGGCCGCCACUGAUACAUGGGAGCCGAGUUCGACACCAGACCAGAAGACUGACAUUCAUGUGGGUGUAGCCUGACUCACCCCUCCCAUUAGCUCCAUGUGGAUCCCUUUACAGACUUGAAAAAGAAAGGCCACUCCAUGUAACACUACUGAACUCCACUGUCCACUGGGCCAAACCGUAAACUUGUGUCUUUAAAUAACUGUUUUUAUUUUAGUACUGAGUUUGUACACUAUUAAUUCUUCUAUACGUUAAAUAUUGGGCGAGUAGAGAGAAUAGUCCUACUCAAAUUCAAGUCUAUGUCACCUACAUCAGUUGUUCUUAAAGUAAAUGUAGUCACUGUCACAAUGUGCUGCCAUAGCCUUUUCAGUUGUAACAAGUUCAACCGCGACCGAGCACUGCCUGUGUUACUGUUUGUACAAUAAUAUGAGCACAUGGGUGUCUAUGUCAAAUUACAAGUGAAACUUAUUUAAUGUUAGUUCUAUCUACUCUGUGUUGUGUGCCUUGUGGUCUCAAGUUGGCAUAAGGGCGGCAUUCACCAUUUAAACAAUUGACGUUAAUCAUAUUCAUAUCGAAAAAAAGUUAGUAAAUUAUUAUUCCACUUACAAAUUCUGACAUAAGUGACAAAUAAAAUCAUGUAUAUUCCAUUACAAACGUAUACUAAAAUAGCACAUGGUCUACUGUAGGCAGACAUGCAGCCGAACACCCCCCAAAAUGCCUUAAAUAUGUAGUUUUCUUUACAUUGCUAAAUGUCUUGGCAAAUUUGCAUUUAUUAAUAAUUUAGAAAUUGACUAAAUGAUGAAUGAGGCCCACUGUUUUUUAAUUAUUAUUUUUUUACUCCCUUGGCUCCACACACACUGCUUGUUGUUUUAACGUCUAUGUACUGGUGCAUGGAUAAAACUGUUGCUUGCCAAAAACCUCUCGUCUGUGCACUGAUGCCAUGCUUACAUUGACCUUUGUCUGUGUGACUUGAAAACCAGCUCAUUCUCAGAUUCAGAGAGCCAUGUUUCUUUUAUCUAAUUUAUUUGUAUUAUAUGUGUAAUAUAUGUAUGUGGAAUAAGCACUACAGAUUUCCAGUGGUUUUAAAAGGCUAAGCAAAUGGGAAUAUGAAAUACACUGUGACUUGUGGGAGGAGGCCUUUCUUCCGAUGGUGAGCUGCUGUUAAAGGAAGACCAUUGCUGGUUUUGAAUGUAAAAAAAAAAAAUAUAGACAGACAUGGAAAUAUUUGUACAAAUCUAUUGACAUAACUGCUGUAGUAUUGUGGAAAUGUCCUACUUUUGUUUUACUAUAAGAUUAGUUUUAUUUUAAUGUGUAAUUUACCACAAUGAGAGGAUACUGCAAACUUAGCCAUGUUGACUGAUAUUUUUAUAAGUACUGCCUUGAAGGAUCAAAUUUUUUUCUUUCUCUAAACUGAUAGGGUUGAGUUGACUACGCCCUCUCUGUGUUGUGAGCACAUCUGUGUCAUCCAUUCCUGUCUGUGCUUGCACUGUUUGCCAGCACCUAUCCAAACGAGACUGGGAGAAAAUCUUCUAUGUGCUUGGUUCAAAUGAUUGUAUCUCUGUUCUUGUAAACAGUCUGCUUAAGCCCUUGUUCAAAAGACAAAAUGUAAUGUUUGUAAAUAAAGCAAGCGUAAAGAUUUAAUAAACAAGAUGAGAUUGGUACAAUAC